GCUUGUCUCUUCCUUGCAUUCAUCCAUCAGGGAAGCCCAAAAAAAACAACAAAAGAAAAACUGUGAUCAACUGCUCUCUCCCCAAAGCACUGCCAACUCUCUCUCACCCUCUGACUGUUUUCGGUUAUCACAAAGCACUUGAAGCACUUUCCUCUGUCAUUCUCUCUCACCGAUCUAGACUCGCUUUUCUCAUCGUCAUCCCGCAAUGUUCAAGAAGCUGGUAGAGAAAGCCUCCGUCAAGAAGCCUGCUGGAAAUUCAGAUGGGCUAAAAGCCAGCGAUUUAGACGUACGUUUGGUUUUUCACUAUGGGGUCCCAUCCAACGGCACUAAGUUAGCUUAUGACAAUAAUCAGAAGAUUCUUGCUCUGUCUACAAAGGAUGGCAGAAUUAAACUGUUUGGAAAAAAUAACACUCAAGCCAUUCUCCAAUCUCCUGAGCCAGUGCCUAGCAAGUUUCUACAGUUCAUCCAGAAUCAAGGCAUCCUUGUAAAUGUCACUUUCAAUAACUAUAUUGAGGUUUGGGACCUUGACAAGAAGCUGUUGGCUGAUGAAUACGUUGUCAAAGGAGAAAUUACUUCCUUUGCUGUCAUUCAGCAUAGCUUCUACAUGUACAUUGGAGAUUCUGUUGGUAAUAUUUCGGUCUUCAACCUGGAUCAAGAACCAUGGCAUAUAGUAAACAUGAAAUACAUCAUCCCUCUGUCAGCUUCCUAUGGGAUUCUGACUGAAGUGCCUGAUGAUACUGCCGUGACACAUAUACUACCUCAACUAGCAGCUGAAAGUAAGAGGGUUCUCAUAAUUUUUAGAAAUGGCCAAAUAAUAUUAUGGGAUAUUCAAGAAAGCAAAUCUAUCUUCAGAACUGGUGGAAACAUAUCACAACCAUCCUAUAAUGAAACUAAGAAAGCGACUUCUGCAUGCUGGGCAUGUCCUUUCGGAAGUAAAGUGGUUGUAGGGUACAGCAAUGGAGAGCUUUUAAUUUGGAAUGUCCCUUCUCAAAACGUUGGAAAUGAUUUGGCAUCUGAUUAUGCUACUCAAAACACUCCUAUGUUCAAGCUUAACCUAGGAUAUAAAUCAGAUAAAAUUCCCAUUGGCUCAGUAAAAUGGAUAUAUGGUGAAGGAAAGGCAAGUCGACUUUAUGUCAUCGGAGCUUCUGACAUUGCAUCUCCAAACUUAGUCCAGGUAGUGUUACUGAAUGAGAAGACUGAGUCUCGCACAAUUAAGCUGGGUCUUCAUUUGGCUGAAUGCUGUAUUGACAUGGAGGUCUUAUCAACUUCAAGUGAGCAAAGCAAGCAUAAACAAGAUUCUUUAGUUUUGCUUGGGAAAUCAGGCCGUGUUUAUGCGUACGAUGAUAGUUCGAUUGAAAGGUAUCUUCUACAAUGCCAGUCUAAGUCCUCACCGUCACUGCCAAGGGAAGUGAUGAUUAAGUUGCCACUGGCAGAUUCAAGCAUCACGGCGGCAAAGUUCAUCUCGGACAAUCCUAAUCUCCGAAAUCCAGAUGAUGAGGAAUAUGUUCAGUUGUUGAGGAAUUACCCACCUCUUAUGCCCGUUGAAACAAAACACAAAGACGGGGCUAUUCUGAAUUCUUCGAACUUCACUGGAUUUUCAAAAGUCAAAAACUUGUACAUAACUGGCCACAGUGAUGGAGCCAUAACUUUCUGGGAUGCGUCAUGUCCCUUUUUCAUCCCAAUUUUGCAGUUGAAGCAACAGAGUGAACAUGAGUUUUCUACAAGGGGCAUACCCAUAACAGCAUUAUAUUUUGAUACCAACUCUCCUCUUCUUGUUUCUGGAGACCAGAGUGGAAUGGUUUGCAUCUUCAGAUUCAAACCUGAACCUUAUUCAAGCAACAGCUUCAUAUCUCUUACGGGAAGCACCAAAAAAGCGGCUGAUCAUAUAAUUCACAGUGUGAAACUUGUAAAGACUAAUGGUGCUGUACUAUCCAUGAACAUCGAUCAUGGCUCAAAACAUCUCGCUGUUGGUUCUGACCAAGGAUGUGUUUCAGUUAUUGAUAUGAAUGGCUCAACUUUGUUAUAUCAGAAACAAAUCACAAGUGGGAUUAGUACCGGUAUCAUCUCUCUACACUUCCGAACAUGCAGUUUGCAGGGUUUUAAGAAAAAUAUUUUAGCUGUUGGAACAAAGGAUUCAUCUGUUCUGGCAUUUGAUAGUGAAACUGGAAAAAAAUUGAGUUCUGACGCUGUUCAUCCUAAGAAGCCGUCUAGAGCUCUGCUUAUGCAAGUGUUAGAUGGUCAAGGAGAAUUAACCAAAGGGUUGGGCACAAGCGAAGUGAAUGAUAUUGAGGAUGCAACAACAAAGCAAUCGAGCAUUUUGUUGUGUUCUGAGAAAGCUUUGUAUGUAUAUUCUUUAGUGCAUGUUGUUCAGGGUGUUAAAAAGGUGCUUCACAAGAAGAAGUUUCAUUCCUCAUCCUGUUGCUGGGCAUCUACAUUCUACAGUCAUUCUGAUAUUGGACUUGUGCUCCUCUUCACCAAUGGAAAAGCAGAGCUAAGGUCUUUGCCAGAGUUAUCCCUGAUCCUGGAGACCUCAAUUAGAGAUUUCAUCUAUUCACCAUCGAAAUUAAAGUCAUUUUCUGAUAGACAGAUGUGCUGUUCGUCCGAAGGAGAUCUUGUUAUGGUGAAUGGUGACCAGGAAAUUUUGGUUGCCUCAAUGAUAGCCCAGAGGGAUGUUUUCAGGCUUUUGGACAGUGUCAGCUGUGUCUACAUAAAAGAGAGGAAGCAGCAAUAUGAAGAAGCUGUCCCUGCCCCGGUCAUCAUCCAUAAAGAAAAGAAAAAGGGUAUAUUUAGCUCUGUUAUCAAAGAUUUUACUGGCAGUAAAGAAAAGCAUUUGACCCUCAUGGAAUUAGAAGAUACAAAAGAAAGCAUGCGGCAACUCUCAGUGAUCUUUUCUAAUGCAAAUUUUCCGAGUGAUGCUGACAAUAAUGAAAACCUUACCAUGGAUGAGGAUGAGCUUGAAUUAAACAUAGAUGACAUUGACCUCGGGGAUCCCAGAGAGAGACGCAAAGAUCAAAGGAUACUGGGGACUCUCAAUAAGACGAAUUUGACUGGCAAAUUUCAGGCUCUGAAGGGAAGGUUGAAAGACAUGAAGGGAAACAUCCAGAAAACAUCAGAUAAGGAAGAGCAGCAAGAUGAGAAAGGUGGUGCAGUUGAUCAAAUCAAGAAAAAAUAUGGGUUUUCUUCUUCCUCCGACGAAACUAGCACUGCUAAAUUGGCACAGAACAAGUUGCAGGAGAACAUGCGAAAACUACAGGGUAUCAAUCUUCGAGCUACAGAGAUGCAGGAUACAGCAAGAUCAUUUUCAUCAUUGGCGAAACAGGUUCUGCGAACUGCUGAACAAGAUAAGCGUUGAAAAGUCUCCGGACUAUACUUAUUCGGACUCUUGUUAGUUUAUAAAUUGUUUUUUUUAAUUUAUAUUUGUAAAGAUUUUUGUGCGUGUAAGUUGUUCGCCAUUGUUUUUGUGUUUAUAUUUUUUUUCACUCUUGUGAUCAAGACACAUCAAAUCAUGGAUGGGGAAUAUAGUAUUUCUUCCCCUUAAAAGUUGACAGGGUUUCUUCCAUUUGAA